GUGGUAGAGUUGUGUGACUGAUAAUUCUGCCGAAGCACAAACGCUCGGCGAGCUACGUCACUCGACGUCAGCCCGGCAUUCGGCGCUUGGACGCUCUCGUAUCGGCCCACCGACAUUAGCCACUCACACACAGUUUACUGGUAGAGUCGGCGCAAGCAACACGUGUCGAAAUCUUACCUGUGUUCGGAGUUGUGUACGAAAAUUACAGCUGACUGUAUUUAUUGUUUGUUACGUAGAAAACAUUUUGUGCCUUAGAAAGUUGACAGUGAAAUAUUAAAAUCUACGAUCCUGCAUAGCUAAGGAAACCUAAUGUUGUUUUUGUACUUCGGUCCCAAGAUGGGGUAAUUUAUAAGACUUUAAGUAGUAUAUAAUAGUGCAUAUUCAGUGAAGUGUCGUAUAUAGUAACAGAGAGAUAUUGACAAAACAGCAGCCAUGUAUUCUAUGAACUAUAUUGGCAAGUUCAUUGCGAACUUUCGCGAGUUUUAUAAUGAAAUCAACGGGGCGACGCUGACGGGAGCCAUCGACGUGGUGGUGGUCGAACAACCUGAUGGCAGCUUCACGUGUUCACCGUUCCACGUUCGUUUUGGGAAGCUUGGAGUACUUCGUUCCAGGUUCAAAGUGGUUGACCUGGAGUUGAACGGAGAGCCUUUGAACAUUCACAUGAAGCUUGGUGAGUCUGGCGAGGCUUUCUUCGUCGAGGAGGUCGGGGAGGACGAGGCGGAGUGCUCUGCCCACCUCGCCACCUCCCCCAUACCUGCUGCACGCUUUGAGGACCUGUACGAGCCUCGGCGGCGAAACUCGCUCUCCGCCGUCGAACCCGACCAUGGACAGGCAUCAGAUUACACCAAAAGAAGAUAUACCGCUGACGGACAAUCAAUACAGAAACCUGACCUAAGUAAGAUAAAAAAAGCUGCCAAAGAGGACAAUACAAACAACGACAAUGAAGCAUUGUUUGAAAUGGACGGCCUAGACGAAGCUACGGACAAGAUAGACGGCAGAGCGCCUAGAACAUUCGCAGCCACACAGCUCGGCGGGACCGAGAGCGUGGCUCACCAGGUGGUCCAGAAGAUCAGCGCUCACAAUGACUUCAGGCCUAUUGACGCCGCACCCGCGAACCAGGACGAAGUCAAACCCAACGGAAAUGGAAAGAAGAAGAAGAAGACAAGGAAAUCCAGUUCAAAGAAACACCAAAGAAAAUCGUCGACUAGUUCAAUUUCCAGCCAGUCUGACCGCGCGGGCUCCGAGCAGCGCGCCACGCAGCCCGCCCCCAUCCCCAACGUGGGUGGUGACAUCAACUUCUUCAGUGAUUCUGAAGUUACUGCUGCUUCUCUAAGUGAAGAAAUGUCGAACCUCAAGCUGAACGGCGACAACCGCAUCCCCCUGGCGUUGUCGGACACCGCGUUUGAGGUGCACGCCGCCUCCAGAAACGCGGGUUCUCGCAGCGGCACGCCAGUUCAGUCUGACACCGAGGUGGAGCUGGCGGGGCGCGUGGCCGCGGACAAGUCGUCGCAGUCGUGGCGCUGGGGUGAGCUGCCCGAGCCGCCCGUGCGGGGCGGGGACUCCCCGGCCGGGGUGUCGCCCCCGUCGCCCGGCUCCCCGCCCUCGCCGGCCUCCCCCGCCGAGCCGCUCAGCUCGGACGAGGAGCGGCCCAGCCGGCGCGGGGUCCUCAGCGGCAUGUUCCGCUUCAUGUCGCCGCGUGACUCGGACGUGCCCGCCGAGGGCGUCUACCUAGACGAUCUGGACCGAGGCCAGGUCGACCCUGAUCUCUAUUUCCCGAAGCACCACGCCGACAGAUUCCGAUCUGGUGAGAUCAUUUGUCCAGCUGGUGUUACGCAUCCUACAACUGGGCCCACUGAGGAGGAAUACGAGUCGGGUAACGGUCCAUCCUUGCCGCAGUCGCCUGCGUCGCUGGAGCCGCCUACCUUGGACUCUGACGAUGAUGAAAAGCUUUUAGCCAAGGGCCAGGUGGGCGUGUACGUGCAGGAGGCCCGCGUGUCGCGCGCGCUGUCGUUCGAGGAGUUCUGUUCGCGCGGCGCGGCGCUGGCGGCCGACGGCACGCUGGUGGUGAGGCUCGGCGGCCGCGCCAUGCCCUGGCGAGCCGCCGGCCCGCUGCUGCUGUCGCUGCUGGCGUACCGCAGGCCGCUGCCCAAUCGCGUUCUAGAAUCAUUAGAGAAGAGUUCUGAGAAGGACGAGUCUCAAGCGCCGCCGUCAGACAGCGCGAGCAAGCCGCGCGGCUACUCGUGGUGGAGCUGGCGCCGGUCCAACGCGGAAGCCAAGCGUACUGAAGCAUCACCCCCAAAAGACGACAUUACAAAAGAAACCGUAGCUCUCAUUGAAACUCCAACGGAAAGAAGAACUGUUACCAUUAGUGAACCGCAUGAGGAGAAGCCUGUCCAUCUAGAAGAUAAAGUGGAAGAGGCUAGGGAGUUAGACAUUGUCGAGGAGAUCGACCCCAGAGAUAUCUUAGAAGAUGUUCCUGAACAGCUACCGCAAAUUAAUGAAUCUAAUGAUCAAGUCGACCGACACGAUCACAGCUCGUCCGACUCCGAUCAGGAUGGACAAGUAAAGAGGCCUAGUCGUAGACAUUCGUCCUUUAGAAAAACACUUCGGCUGUCUUCGGAACAAAUUAAAAACCUAAAUCUCCGCGAAGGCAUGAAUGAGAUGGUGUUCAGCGUGACCACGGCUUAUCAGGGCACGACGAGGUGCAAGUGUAACGUAUUCCGAUGGCGUUACGACGACAAGAUUGUCAUCUCUGAUAUUGACGGAACAAUCACCAAGUCUGAUGUUUUGGGACAUAUUUUCCCACUGGUUGGAAAAGAUUGGGCCCAAUCUGGCGUAGCGCAGCUUUUCACUAAGAUUAAGAAUAACGGAUAUCAGCUGUUAUACUUAUCCGCACGAGCGAUCGGGCAAGCUAGGGUAACGCGCGAGUACUUGCGCUCGAUCAGACAAGGCGAGGUGUGCCUGCCUGACGGUCCGCUCUUACUCAACCCUACCUCGCUACUGCGAGCGUUCCAUCGCGAGGUUAUAGAGAAGAAACCCGAAGAAUUCAAGAUCCAAUGCCUCGCAGACAUCAAGGCUCUAUUCCCACAGGGCUCGAAUCCAUUCUACGCCGGCUAUGGCAAUAGAGUAAAUGAUGUUUGCGCGUAUCAAACUGUUGGCAUUCCGAUCGUGAGAAUUUUCACUAUCAAUUAUAAGGGCGAAUUAAAACAUGAACUGACUCAGACAUUCCAAUCUACGUACUCUCACAUGUCGGUGCUGGUGGACCAGGUGUUUCCGCCGGCGCAGUGCGAGCCUAGCGACGAAUUCUCGCAGACUGUGUUCUGGCGGCAGCCACUGCCCGAGAUCGAGUUGCCUCCCAUAACCCCACCGCCACCUAAGCAUCAUUAAUCACAUUAUUACGUACUUUAUAUUGUAUUUGUAACACCUAUUCCUACUCUACUAUAUCGCUUCUUGAAUUCCUAUUUAAACAUAAGAAAGAACUAUAUCAUUGUGCCUAACUCGGCUUAGCUUAAUCCAAAAUGUAAUGAUUGGAACGAAGCAAUACCUGAAACUUGGUUAUUCCAUUAUUUACCUAGAGCUUCGAAAUACGUAGCAAUCGCUGGGAUGAUAGUUUCAUUUAGGAUGCUUUAGAUAAUAGGAUGUUUAGUUUACAACGUAGUUAAAAUAUAGAUGUUAUGAGCAUGUAGAGAAUACCAAAAAAAUAUAUGAAUUGCUUAACUCGUAGUAUCUCGUGUGUGUAACGUAAGUUUGAUUGUUGUCCUGUGAUGUGAUUAGCGAAAAUUUAUAUUAUUUUGACUUUUCGCUAUAAUGUAUGACUUUGAUGAAGACGAUUAAUAUUAUUUAAAAUUUAUUCUCUGCGAAGACUGUACAUGAUGGUAAAUAGUUUGCAGAUGUAGGUUACAAAGGAAUCAAGUUGAGUUUUGAUUUCGUCGAUUAUGUAAGCUGUGAUGUCGUCGACUGAUAACGAUGCUUUAUUUUUAUACUGUGAUUACCUAUUUGUACGUGCUAAGUUAUAUUUGUGUUAAAGCAAUACACAUUCGUAAUAUGCGGAGGCUUA